CCCUCGUCAUGCACCGCGUCCGUGCAGUGCUGUGCACAACCACGGCAACACCGCAUCUGGCCUGGCCAUCUCCCUCCCCCCAGGCCCCAGCAGGCCCCAGCAUCCGUCUCCUUCACCCGAGGAGGGAGGCAGCGAGGCAGGCAUUGAGACCCGCUCGCUUUCCGUUUUCCCCUUGGCUGCUACCCCUAACCCAGUCCCUCCACCGCCCGCCCGAUCCGCAAUGGUGCUGAUGCGGCCGUACCACCUUGUGCUGCUGCUGCUAGUGGUGGUUCUUGCCGCUGUGGCGGGCGUAUCGGCGCGCGUCGGCAGCAGGGGAGGGGGAGCGGAGCGGACGUACAUCGUGCGGGUAGACGCCGACGCGAAGCCGUCGGUCUACCCGACCCACGCGCACUGGUACGAGGCGGUGGUGCUGGCGGCGGCCUCCAGCGACGGUGGCGCGGGGGAGUGGCCGGAGGGCGGCCCGCUGGUCCACACCUACUCAUCCGCCUUCCACGGGUUCUCGGCGCGGAUGUCCCCGGCCGCCGCUGCCGCGCUGGCGUCCGCCCCCGGGGUGGUGGCCGUGGUGCCGGAGCGCGUGCGCCACCUCGCCACCACGCGCUCGCCGCGCUUCCUCGGGCUGCUGUCCUCCCCGCCGUCAGCUCUGCUCGCGGACUCGGACUUCGGGGCUGACCUGGUGAUAGCCAUCGUCGACACCGGCAUCUCGCCGACGCACCGCAGCUUCCACGACCGGGGGCUCGGCCCCGUGCCGACCAAGUGGCGCGGGGUGUGCGCGUCGGGGCCCGGGUUCCCGCCCAGCUCCUGCAACCGUAAGCUCGUGGGCGCGCGGUUCUUCUCCAAGGGCUACGAGGCCACCUCCGGCCGCAUGAACGAGACCGCCGAGGUCAGGUCGGCGCUCGACACGGACGGCCACGGGACUCACACCGCGUCCAUCGCCGCCGGGCGGUACGUGUUCCCGGCGUCCACUCUCGGCUACGCGCGCGGCGUGGCCGCGGGGAUGGCUCCCAAGGCGCGCCUCGCGGCGUACAAGGUGUGCUGGGUGGGCGGCUGCUUCGACUCCGACAUUCUUGCUGCGUUUGAUGCGGCUGUUGCUGAUGGUGUUGAUGUGGUUUCGCUCAGCGUCGGCGGUGUGGUCGUUCCGUACUAUCUCGAUGCCAUCGCCAUUGGGGCGUUCGGCGCGACCGAGGCCGGGAUCGUCGUGUCGGCUUCGGCCGGCAACGGUGGGCCUGGCGGGCUCACGGUGACCAAUGUGGCGCCUUGGAUGGCCACCGUCGGGGCCGGGUCCAUGGACCGCGCCUUCCCGGCCAACGUGCAGCUUGGCAACGGGCAGGUGCUCGACGGCGUGAGCGUGUACGGGGGUCCGGCGCUCGAGUCCGGCAAGAUGUACGAGCUAGUGUACGCCGGAGCGAUCGGCGGCAGCGCAGCCUCGUCCGCGGCUGAUGGCUACUCGGCGUCGAUGUGCCUCGACGGUUCGCUGGACCCAGCCGCAGUCCGCGGCAAGAUCUUGGUGUGCGACCGCGGCGUGAACUCGCGCGCCGCCAAGGGUGACGUGGUGCACCGCGCGGGCGGCGUCGGGAUGGUGCUUGCCAACGGGGUGUUCGAUGGUGAGGGCCUCGUUGCGGACUGCCACGUCCUGCCGGCAACCGCUGUCGGCGCAGCCUCCGGCGAGAAGCUCCGUAAGUACAUUGCUUCAUCCACUAAACAAAGGCCAGCCACGGGCACCAUCCUGUUCGAAGGCACCCACCUCGGCGUGCACCCGGCGCCGGUGGUAGCUGCAUUCUCGGCGCGUGGCCCGAACCCCCAAUCCCCGGAGAUACUGAAACCGGAUCUGAUAGCCCCCGGCCUCAACAUACUCGCGGCGUGGCCCAGCGGCGUCGGCCCGGCCGGCAUCCCCUCGGACAACCGCCGCACCGAGUUCAACAUCCUCUCGGGCACGUCCAUGGCCUGCCCGCACGUCUCUGGACUCGCCGCGUUGCUCAAGGCCGCGCACCCUACCUGGAGCCCCGCCGCGAUCAAGUCGGCGCUCAUGACCACGGCCUACAUCGAGGACAACAGCAACGGCACCAUGGUCGACGAGUCCACCGGCGCGGUUGCUGACGUGUUCGACUUCGGCGCCGGGCACGUGGACCCGAUGCGCGCCAUGGACCCCGGCCUCGUCUACGACAUCACCCCUGCGGACUACGUGAACUUCCUCUGCAACAUGAACUACACCGAGCAGAACAUCCGCGCCAUCACGCGGCGCCAGGCUGACUGCCGUGGCGCGCGCCGGGCCGGGCACGCGGGCAACCUCAACUACCCGUCCCUGUCCGCCACGUUUGUCGCGGAGGACGGCGCGAGGGCGGCGAUGAAGACCCACUUCAUCCGGACGGCGACCAACGUCGGCGGCGGGCGGGCGGUGUACCGCGCGGCGGUCCGAGCCCCCGAGGGGUGCAACGUGACCGUGAAGCCGAGGCAGCUGGCGUUCCGGCGCGACGGGCAGAAGCUGAGCUUCACGGUGCGGGUGGAGGCCGCUGUAGCGCCCGCCAAGAGGAUGGAACCCGGUAGCUCGCAGGUGAGGAGCGGGGCGCUGACGUGGAGCGACGGGCGGCACACCGUCAGGAGCUCGAUCGUCGUGACAGUGCAGGCGCCACUGCAGUGAGCAACAGCCAAGCCGGAGCUGAUGAAGUGAUCAAGUGAACACAAGCUCAGUGGAAGUGCUCUUCUAAGAUAUUGCUCCAUGGACCUUAAGUUGUAAUAUCGGAGCUUUCCAAGCGGUUUUAUGAUGCGUGUGCAUCUACGAUCUUGUACCA